AUGGCGCCUCCAAAGAUUUUGUUGCUCGGUGAAAUCGUUCAUGCCCUACAAUCUUGGCGUGAACUCACGUCUUUGGCCGAGAUUGUUGGCCCAGGAGUCGAGACACGUGCCGAGUUCAUUGAGAAAUGCCGCCAAGGAGGCUUUGACGGCGUUGUGGUUCUGCACCGAAUGUACCACAGUGUUGCUGUCACCGGCCUGAUAGAUGAGGAGCUUGUACAAGCUUUGCCAGAGAGCGUGAAGUUUAUCUGCCAUACUGGUGCCGGUUAUGACCAGAUUGACGUCGCCGCUUGCUCCAAACGGCAAAUCCAGGUGUCGAAUGUGCCCCAAGAAGUAAAUGAUUCUACCGCCGACACGGCAAUCUUUCUCAUGCUUGGUGCCCUGAGAGGGUUCAACCAGAGUAUCAUGACUUUACGCAGUGGCUCCUGGCGAGGCAGCCCGUCUCCUCCUCUUGGACAUGACCCCGAAGGCAAGACUCUCGGUAUCAUUGGAUGCGGAGGUAUUGGUAGGAACAUGGCUAAGAAGGCGGCGGCUUUCGGGAUGAAAGUGGUUUACUACAACAGGACGAAAUCAGACGACAUCACUGAGGCAGAAUACGCUAGCUUUGAUGACCUUCUUGGGUCUAGUGAUGUUAUUGCUAUAAGCCUGCCGUUAAAUGCUGCAACGAGGCAUUUCUUAUCCUACAAAGACUUUGACAAGAUGAAGAAGGGUGUCGUCGUUAUCAAUACUGCCCGAGGCCCCAUCAUCGACGAGCAAGCGCUUGUAGACGCUCUUGAGUCUGGAAAAGUCUGGUCCUGCGGUCUAGACGUGUACGAAAAUGAACCAGCGGUACAUCCUGGUCUUAUCGCACACCCGAGGGCCAUGCUGCUGCCUCAUCUAGGCACGUACACGGUAGAGACACAUGCAAAGAUGGAGGAGAGGUGUAUCGCGAAUGUGCGGGCUGCGCUAGAAAAGGGUAAGGUUAACGAUUUGGUGCCUGAGCAGCUAGGGGAGUUUUGA